AUGCAAAAAUUUGGAAAGAGCAUCGUCAAGACGAGCACGGCACUGUUAGCUUUGAUAAUCUUGGUUUUAUCGGAAAACAUGGACUGCUUGAUUGUUAAUGUGACAAGGCUGGAGGAGAAUGACAAAUUCACAAAUCCAAAUCGUACAGCUGUGUCAAACUGUAUUGCGGGUGGCCAAUCUUCUUAUUUCGACUCCUGUAGGAAUUUUCGUUCGGUCGACACGAGAGGAAAUUGUUCCGAUUCAAAACCUUGCUGUCAGUGGUGUCAAUGUAAAAGUGAUCACCCAAUUUAUUUGUUUCACUCGGGAAAAUGUGUGAAUCUGCAGGAGCUGAACACGGAUAUUUUUGGUCCAAGGUCAAUCGGAUGUGGUGCGCGCCUCGAAGUGAAAGCUGGUGGUGAUGAUGAUGAUGAUGAUGAUGAUGAUGAUGAUGAUGAUGAUGAUGACAGAAAUGGUAAAGACGAUAGAGGUAAAGAUGUUUGCAAAGCCAGCUCCUGGGUUCCACCUCUUAUCAAUUUUCAAACUAAAUCAUGUGUUAAGAUAAAAUUCUGCCAAGCAAAACCUAAAGAUACCGAGUCUUGUGAUGUCCAAGCUGCUCGCUAUGUUGAUGAUGGUCAAUGGACGAACUUUACCGACUUUCAGCGAAAGUUUUGGACCAAGAAAAACAAGAAAGAUAUCUACCUAGAGUGGAACAAAUCAUCGGUAACGAAUUUCACAGGGAAUCUUGUUGUCAUCAACGUAAAGUGUAAACAGAAAGGCAAAGGAAAAGAUUUUGCUUCCUGCUUCAUUUUCAAGACAGCUGGGACAUUUACAGCCACAGAAAAAUGUACCGAACCAUUCACGACAAAACCAGCGACAGCAAAACAAAUGACAACAAAAAACACCUCAACAAAAUUAUCAACAGCAGAAACUGCCACAUCAAAAGAAACUCUGCCACCAACAACACAAGCAGAGGUAACAACAAGAAAAAGAACAACAGCAAAAUCAACUGCAGAGAUCCAAUCCACAAAAGAACACAGCACAGGAACGACCCCCAUCAGCCAGACCGAGUUGUCGACGAAAUCAUCCGAGACUCCGCCGACUUCCUCAAGCGACACAGAUACCACACCUAAAAAGACUCCUACUGUUAUCUCCAUGACAACGACAGAAAGGAGCAGUCCUGGUAAAGACAAGAAUAUAGACAAGUCAACUGACGUAAACGGCAGCAGCAGAAGAACAGUUCUAGUUGUAUCUGUGUUAUGUUCACUUGUGGUAGUCGUCGCCAUGUUUUUCGUAUCAGCUUGGCUCUGGAGAAAACGGAAAAGUUACUCAAGAAGCGAUCAGCAAAGUACUAAUCAGUUCGAUAAACCAGAAGAUCACGUCCAAAACACACAUGAGAAUGCCUAUCAACUACUAAAGUAUGACGGGAAAUCAAAAGAUCAGACUCAAUGGGAACAACCGGCCUAUGAGGGCCUCGUCAAGGGUUCAACUGCGAAAGACUGGGGAGAGGGAGAAGUAUAUACAAAUCCUACAGUGUAUCAACAACUUGACAAGUCUAAUAUCACCACUGAAAAUGAUUAUUUAGCGGCUUAUCAUCCUCUUAUGAAACAGCUCCAGUCCAAGUCUGAGCAAGUCGCCGAAUAUGACCAAGGGUACCUGGUACUGGUUGGAGAGCAUAGCAAAAGAGAAGAGACCGCUGAUCAAGAGGACCCGUAUUACUACAAAGUUGAAAGUAACAUGCCUCAGUAAUCAACCGUCUG